UUCUUUACUCUUUCCCUCUUCGCUCUGAGAAAGUGAGAGUAAAGAGAGAGAGAGAGAGAGAGUAUGGAAGAGGAACAGUUGGACUAUGUUCUGGUGCCAUUGGGUCUAUUUCUGUUUGGCUUAUACCACGUCUGGCUUCUCUUCACUAUCUAUCGCUUUCCCAGACGAACAGUCAUUGGCCUCAAUGCCGAGUCUCGCCACCAGUGGGUCUCCUCCAUGAUGACAGACCCCUUGAAGAAUGGUGUUUUGGUAGUUCAAACAAUUCGCAACAACAUAAUGGCAUCCACACUAUUAGCAACAACAGCUAUUACUCUCAGUUCACUAAUCGGUGUUUUUGUGAGUAGCAAAUCAGAGUCUAGCAGCGCAUCUUCAGAAUUGGUUUACGGGAAUAAGACUUCCAUCAUCUCUUCAAUCAAGUACUUUUCUAUCUUGCUCUGCUUCCUUCUUGCCUUCCUUUUCAAUGUACAGUCUAUAAGAUAUUAUGCCCAUGUUAGCUUCUUGGCCACUGUGCCUACGUGGAAAGACAAUAAAGAGUCUAUUGAGUAUGUUGCAAGAAACUUGAAUCGAGGAAGCUUCUUUUGGUCCCUUGGGUUGCGAGCAUUCUACGUGUCAUUCCCUCUCUUCCUCUGGAUUUUUGGUCCCAUACCCAUGUUCAUUUGUUGUUGCAUGAUGUCAUGUAUACUCUAUUUCUUGGACACCACUAGCAAUUUUACACAGCAUCUUCACAGCCACUCAAUCAGAAGACAGGUUACCAAAAGCAAUGAUGCGGAAUUAGCUGGUGACUUAUCGUAAGUUCUGCUGGAAACUGCCUAAUAAUGUUAUAGAUGUUAUAGUUGAUAACUGUUUGUUGUACUCUAAGAGACCAAAUCAUAUAUAUAUAUAUAUAUUGCUUUAGAAUUGAA